AUGGGUCGAGGGAAGAUAGAGAUCAAGAGGAUUCAGAACACGACCACCAGACAGGUGACCUUCUCAAAACGCAGAGCUGGACUUGUGAAAAAGACUCAUGAACUUUCUGUUCUCUGUGAUGCUCAAAUUGGCCUCAUCAUCUUUUCUAGCACCGGCAAGUUGUUUCAGUACUGCAGCGAACCUUUCAGGAUGGAGCAGAUCAUUGAAAAAUACCAGAAAGCUACAGGAGUACGCAUACCUGAACACGAUAGUCGGGAAGAUUUAGUGAGUGAGAUGGCAAUGCUGAGGCAGGAGACUCUGCGCCUUGAACUGGGAAUUCAAAGGUACAUCGGAGACAGCAUGGGCAGUUUGCAGUACGAGGAAUUGGCUAAACUCGAACAAGACCUUGAGAUAUCUGUCACCAAGGUCCGAAAUCGCAAGAAUGAUCUGUUGCAACAGCAGCUGGAUAAUCUGCGAAGAAAGGAAAGAAUGAUGGAAGAAGAGAACAGCUACCUGUCGCAGUGGAUUCAGGAGCAGCGAGGGGGAGGAGGAGUGAUGGAGAAUGAUGGAGAAGGACAGCAAAUGAUGGACCAGUUGCCAUUCUAUGAGGGCCAGACUUCUCUUCAGCUUGCUCCUCUCCACCUUCAUCCCUAUCUCCAGCUUGCCCAGCCCACCAUUCAUGACGCUUCUAAUUCUCAUCCCCACUAA